AUGAACGCCGAGGAGCCGUUAUUGAUUGGGGCGUAUAGGAGCUACGAAACUAUUGACCAAUUUGACGAGGAUGAACAGAUUACCUACUCGCUGGAGCUCCAGAAAUUGAUUGGGUCGUCGGCCCCACUUGUUAUCACGUUUUUCCUACAGUACACUUUUGCAGUCACCUGCUUGUAUUCGGCAGGAUUGUUGGGCCCGUUGGAGCUAGGAGCGUGUUCUUUGGCCAUUUGCACUUUCAACAUUUCCGGGUUGGCCAUCUUCCAAGGCAUGGCUACGAGUCUAGACACGUUUUGCUCACAGUCUUUUGGAGCGGGCAACUUGCACGGCGUCGGGGUCUACUUCCAGCGGUGUUCGUUGGUGAUGCUUGCAACCAUGGUGCCAAUGUCAUUCUUUUGGUGGAACGCGCGUUGGGUGUUGAGCAUCUUUAUAUCUGACGAUGAGUUGACUUUGAUGGCGCAAAGGUUUCUUCGCAUCCAUUUGAUCGGAGUCCCCGCGUACAUUUUCAUCGAGUCGGGCAAGAGGUUUUUGCAAGCGCAGCACAUUUUCCUGGCGGGCACCUACGUCUUAGUAGCAGCGGCCCCCUUCAACAUCUUUUUGAACUGGCUCUUGGUUUGGAACGGCAAGACUUCGUUGGGCUUUGAUGGCAUACCGUUGUGCAUUGCCAUCACAUACUGGGCAAUCUUGCUAGCAGGUUUUGGCUACGUGGUGUUUGUUGACGGCCGCCAAUGCUGGGGAGGCUUUACCAGCAAGGCGUUUAGCAAAUGGCUCGCAAUUUUGAAAUUAGCCAUCCCUGGCGUCAUCAUGGUUGUUUCCGAAUACCUUGCCUUUGAGAUUAUGGUGAUUUUUGCCGCUUCCUUUGGCACGGAGGCCUUGGCGGCGCAGUCGAUUGCGGCAAACUUGGCCUCUUUGGUCUACCAGCCGCCAUUUGCCUACGCCGUGGCAUUGAGCACGCGUGUUGGCCACCACAUUGGAACAAAGAAGAUCAAAGGAGCCAAGAUCGAUACAAGUUUGUUUUACUUUAGUGCUGCCGUCAUUGGAUUGAUCAACUGUUCCAUCUUUGUCUUUGGAAGAAACUUGUUGGGCAGACUUUUCACCGAUGACGAGACUGUGUUGCAGACCACGGCUGGAUUGAAUGUCUUGGUUGGCAUAAACCAGAUUGCCGACACCUUCAACGUGUUGGGAACGGGUGUCUUGCGUGGACAGGGGCGUCAAAAAGUCGGUUCGAUUUUGAACUCGAUUUCCUACUACGUUAUUGCCAUCCCGUUGGGUUACACCUUGGCGUUUAAACUCGGAUUUGAGUUGAAAGGUCUUUGGUGCGGGUUGAUUGUGGCCGUGAUGUUCUUGGCCACUACCCAGUGUUUUGUGAUUGCCCUGAGUAACUGGACACAGAUCUUGGAGAACUCCGACAAGAUACACGAUUGA